AUGCAGUAUAAUACCACUUCCGCUUCUUCUUCGCCCGCCGCCACCUCUGCCACCGCCACUCAUAACUACUUCAGCGGCGCUGUCGACAUCAAUGGGUUCAAUAUCCCGCAGGUUCCGCUCGCCGGACCAAGCCACCAACCGAUCAGCAGUUCCCAAGUUCCAAAGAUCCCAGGUUUGCUCUCCCGAGCUAAGGCGGGAUCCAUUGAUGAGGCGGAGGUCUCUGAACACGCCCCUUCUUCUCCUCUUCCCACUCCCCAACAAUUCAAAGUGGCAUGUUCUGUGGCUCCAUCACCCACACCCACGACACUACCACACAUUCACAAAGACGUUGAGCACCUCCACGCUCUCGAGGCCGAACAAGCGGAAGAGAUCAGGACGCUCACGAAGGAGGUCCUAGCAGAGGCAUUCACAAUAUGUCUACCAACACCAGGAGACCUCGCCAGCCACUAUUGCUGCCAGAUCGCGAAGCUUCUGGGAGAGGGAGUGGUGAGUCGCAUUAGUGAGGACGCGGAAGAGUUGAGGGAGACAGGGAAGCUCCCAGUGCGUACCCUAUCAUGGGAUGCAAGAUAUCUAGAGCCAAGACAAUUUCGCGCUGCCACGGCGGUCUCAACGCCGAAGAGGUCGAUCAUCCCACCACCACCGCCAUCGACCAUUCCGUCGAGGAAGUGCCCACGAGCUGAGGACAGCUACGACGACAUCCUCGAGGUCGAGAACUCGCUUUCGCUUUCGAGGGACCUCUCGACCAGCACAAUCUCAUCGUCGACUGGAACGUCUCCUGCCACCAAAAGGCCACGUCUCGAGUCGUGGGUGCCGACCAUCGAUGAGGACAAGGACCAGGACGACGCGAUGCUCGGCCUCAUCUGGAGUCGUUACUUCCAGUCAGCCGAGGAGAGCGACGGCGAAUACACAGCACCUGACAUGGAGAUGGAAGGAAACAACGAUAACAGCGACUCGGAGGGCGAGUCAGACGACCUCUCCAUCCUCGCCCUCACUCGUAGAUUCCCAGACAACCUCUUGGGCUUCAUCAAAGAAGCCACACUCUACGAGGCAAACCGUCUAGCAGAGGAGGGAACUACAAACCAAUCUCCCAACCCACCUCCCAACGUCGACCCUUUCCCGAUACACUCCUUUGGCACCGCCGCCGAGCGCCCGCCCGUCCCUCUGCCCCGCCCUGUCCCACAAGCACCUCGCCGCCUCCAUCGCUCCAACGAGCGCAUCACGAUUGACGAGAAUGGCGUGGUCACGGCAUUUGACUAUACACAGACUGAAGCGUACGCAGCUCGCGUGGCCUGGGAGAGGCAUCUGUUCAUCGUGCACGAGCGGUUGGGCCGCAGAGGGCCCUGCGACCUCGCAGCGGAUCUGCGGGAGAUCGCGCAAGUGGGGCCGGGCGGGCAGUUUCUCGACUGCCAUCGGUGGCGGUAUCGGUUUGAUGAGCAGGCGUGGAGGAGCUUCGAGGUACCGUCGUAG